AUGGAGCUUCGGGAGAUCUCUUGCGCUGUCCAUGUUGAGGAUGAGCCUAUGGACGUCAUCUAUCACAGCCAGGUGGAUAUUGAGCCUACAGAAAUCAAAGACCAGCCUGAUUCUAUGAGUUUGAAUGAGCGUAUGGCUCUAUGGGAGCAAAGUGAAGAUAGACAGCAUACUUCAAUUGUAGAGGGCCUGGACGACCUUGAGUUAGUGGACACGGAGGAGGAGGAAUAUGAAGAGGCUGAUAUCUGGGUUACGGCCUACCGAGACUUCGCACCCGGUACCGAAGCUUACUCCUGGUUGAUGGCCCAACUCCAAAGAAAUAUGGAUUCUGCCCUGGAAGAGCCAACGGCCAUUCGACUAAUCCGAGAUCAGCUAUUAUCUUCAGUUCCAUCCCCUCAAAAGAUCAGCAGAAGCGUAUCUUCUGAGAGUUGCAGUGUGCUAUUUGACUUGGACUGGGAUAUUCUUGAGUUCUUUGACUCGCAGGAGUACUCCAAGUCACCGGAAGAGGUACUUUCAGCAGUGAUUACUCUGACUGGAUCUGCUUCUGAUGCACAAGCUUCAAACUGCGCUCAAUUCCUUGAGCAGACCUGGCCUACUACAGGGGACAUGAUCCUGCGGCUUAUGCGCGACUUACUGCGACCGGAAGGGGGACAUACACACGAAUGCCGCUUGCCAGAUCUUACAAGACUAGUCGCCUGGAUAAACGGGUCAAAGGUCAUGGUGCAGACAAGCGGGUCCGCAGCUUCUAUCUCAGAGACUGGAGAGCAGCUUGCCUGGCUUGGAGCCGCUUUGAGAAGUUCGCCACAUCCACACGGGCUGAGCUACUGUACUCCUUCUAUCAGAUCCAUGCAUCAGGAUCCGGAAAUGCCACGAGCUGUCGUCUGCGUAAUCGGGUUUGAGCUAGAGCAGCUCCUGGAACCACCAGAUAAUGAAAACGGCCAUUGCUGGCAUGGCAUCUUCAGGAAUCCGGUGCUUGUCAAGGGAUUCCCCAUUUUACCGAAAUCAGAGAGGAAUACCGGCCUUGAAGUACCUCUUAAUAUCAUGGCUGGACUCGCCCGAGCUGACCGUGUUGAUCAAUUCAACGACAAGGUUUAUAUAAAGGGCUUCUCGACAAUGCUCGUACCUACAAAACAGUUCAGAGAGGUGGUUUACUGGCACUUGAUCUACAACGAAGAUGGAAGUCGAAUAUCAUAUCUGGAUGAUAAUCUGGGCCGGGACGCCCUUGCUGGGUCCCCAGAUCUGACAGCUCAUCGCCACGUUCUCGGAUGGUGUUCUGAAGCCAGGUUCUAUGCUGGAUCGCCUCAAGCUCAGUACCAUGUUAGACAUUCAGAGCUCCCCAGGCCACACCCCGGGUGCUCUCUCGCUGGCACCAUGAUAACUUUAGGACGUUUGAUCACAGGAGGGCACAGCUAUGAGUUAGGAAUCAAAGAUACUCCAACACAUGUUGCUCGCAAUGGCUAUAUCCCCCGACUGAAAUGGAUCUCGUCAAAAUUCUUUCUUCUCUGGGACGAGGCCGACAAACGCGGCUGGCUUACUAACGGCACCAGCGCUUUGUUGCAUGUUGUUAGAGCCUCUUUAGCGUAUGACAGCACUGACAAAUUCCGAUCGGCCUUCGUCUUCAGAGAAGAAGACUUACAAGAGUCACCGAGGCCCUUAACUGCCGAUUCCGCAAUUGACGUACUCAUAAACCCCAGAAACUUGGAUCUCAAGCUCUACGCAGAAAAGGAUGGUUUUAUUCUUUUGAGAGACAGAAUCGACCAGUACUACAACCUAUUUGAAAAGAUGCUCGAUCACCAGACAGAUUUGAGCAGGCGACACAGAGGGAGCCUAGAGAAAAUGCCUCGAAAGCAUCUCGAGGGUUGGGAUUUUGAAGACCUCAGCGCGAAUCGCGAUCCGCUACAUCCUCGCUUGGCUACCCUUGAGGCUCCUGGGAAAGGGUGGGUCGAUUUGAUAAGGGCUUUUGAGGCUGUAACUCUAACUGCGCGCGGCUUCGGAGAACUUGUUCGGCCCCUUGGUCCAGCUCUAUGUGAGUAUUGGGCGCUACUACCAACUGGGCGCUACCUCCUCGCCAGUUGCGUGUCAGAUAUGGAGGACAUCGUGAGAGACCAUCGGAGUUGCGAAGACGAUUUUACUCGCCUAAGUGAUGAUCUGAUAUGGUACAACGCGAAUAGCACACCAGGACAAUGCCUGUGUGGCUGUCUUGCAGGAGGUCAUGGGGAGCCAGUGCACGCACUUAUCCCAUCUGCAUUAUCUGACAAGUUGAGUGCUAGCAGAAGCUCCGUGGUUAUCAAAUCUGGUGGUGCUGUUGUUUUUGGACAUAGCCGGGGCUUCUCUUGGAUCUGGGGAGACGACGGUCUUCCUACUCAACAAGACCUGGAAGAGCAGGUGGUUGCAGGUCAACUAUCAGACGGAAACGAUAAGGAUAGUGGAGUUGGAGCAAGUCUGGUGGCCUCAUCAUCUAACGAUCAUGGGUCUUCCAUAACAAGCUCGAGCUUAUCGUCUCCGCCAUCGCCACUGAGGAAAUUAUCUCAGACAAGGUCUAUAUCAGUCACCGAACACAAAACCUUCACGCGGAGCCAAUAUACGGUUGGUAUCCUUUGCGCGUUACCAAUCGAGCUGAAGGCGAUACGAGCCCUUUUCGACCAAAGGCAUCAAAGCCUGACCAGAGUGAUUGGUGAUAAUAACCAGUAUGCACUUGGGGAAAUGGCUCGACAUAUGAUAGUAGCAACAUCCCUUCCAGCUGGCGAAUAUGGAACAAACGCCGCUGCAUCAGCUAUAUCUGAUAUGAUGCGCAGCUUCGUGUCGAUACAAUUUUGUCUCGUUGUUGGUAUCGCUGGCGGUGCACCGUCAGACGAUCAUGAUAUCCGACUUGGCGACGUGGUCGUAAGCUUGCCGACUAGCACUUUCCCUGGUGUCAUUCAGUAUGAUCUUGGUAAGGAGAAUGAGGGGAGUGAGUUUGAGGUGACAGGGGUAUUGCAACGACCGCCUCGGAUCUUGACCAAUGCCAUCAGCAAGCUCCGCUCAGAUCCAGAUAUCGAAAUUGAUGCCCUGAACCCGCAUCUUACCAAGAUCAUGGACUCACUCCCUACUUAUAAGAACCCAGGUCCAGAGCUCGACGUGCUUUCCCGCGCUGCUUGUAGUCGCAGGACUUGUAAGCCUGGCUGUACCCAUCUUGAGCAACGCCUCCCACGAAUGACGACAGAGCCUAUGAUUCACUACGGACUUGUAGCAUCAGGCAAUCGCGUGGUCAAAGACGCAACUUUGCGCGAUCGACUGUCGCGCAAGUACGGCGUGCUAUGCUUUGAGAUGGAGGCUGCCGGGGUAAUGAACAGGGCAGAUUGUCUUGUGAUACGAGGUAUAUGCGACUACAGUGAUGCUCAAAAGAACAAGGUCUGGCAGAACUACGCUGCGGCUGUAGCUGCAGCAUACACUAAGCUUUUGCUCAGUGCGGUGGCGGUCAACAAUGACUUUGGCGGUGCAAAUGUGAGAACGGAUGGUGAGCCUAUGUUCAAGAGGCGGAGGAUAAAUACUGGUAGUGACGGACGUGAAUAG